CCCGCCAUGGCGGACAGUGCGAGCGAGAGCGAUACAGACGCGGCGGGCGGCGGCCCGGCAGCCAUGCAGUCGUCCUGCUCGGCGACCUCGGGCGGCAGCGGCGGGGGCGGCGGCGGGAAGUCGGGGGGCAUUGUCAUCUCGCCGUUCCGCCUGGAGGAGCUCACCAACCGCCUGGCCUCGCUGCAGCAGGAGAACAAGGUGCUGAAGAUCGAGCUGGAGACCUACAAACUCAAGUGCAAGGCGCUGCAGGAGGAGAACCGUGACCUGCGCAAAGCCAGCGUGACCAUCCAAGCCAGGGCUGAGCAGGAGGAAGAAUUCAUCAGUAACACUUUAUUCAAGAAGAUCCAGGCCUUGCAGAAGGAGAAAGAAACCCUCGCCGUGAAUUAUGAGAAAGAAGAGGAAUUUCUCACCAAUGAGCUCUCGCGGAAGCUGAUGCAGCUGCAGCAUGAGAAAGCAGAGCUGGAACAGCAUCUGGAGCAGGAACAGGAGUUUCAGGUCAACAAGCUGAUGAAGAAGAUUAAGAAGCUGGAGAAUGACACCAUCUCCAAGCAGCUCACCUUAGAGCAGUUGAGACGGGAGAAGAUUGACCUGGAAAACACCCUGGAGCAAGAGCAAGAGGCGCUGGUGAAUCGGCUAUGGAAGAGAAUGGAUAAGCUGGAAGCUGAAAAGAGAAUUCUACAGGAGAAAUUAGACCAGCCUGUGUCUGCCCCGCCAUCGCCUAGAGACAUCUCCAUGGAGAUCGAUUCUCCUGAGAACAUGAUGAGGCAUAUCAGGUUUUUAAAGAAUGAAGUGGAGCGGCUGAAGAAGCAGCUUCGAGCAGCCCAGUUACAGCAUUCGGAGAAGAUGGCGCAGUACUUGGAGGAGGAGAGGCACAUGAGGGAAGAGAACCUGAGACUGCAGCGGAAGCUCCAGAGGGAGAUGGAGAGGAGGGAAGCGCUCUGUCGCCAGCUCUCCGAGAGCGAGUCCAGCCUGGAAAUGGAUGACGAAAGGUAUUUUAAUGAGAUGUCUGCACAAGGAUUAAGACCUCGCACUGUGUCCAGCCCAAUCCCUUACACGCCUUCUCCCAGUUCAAGCAGGCCUAUAUCACCCGGUCUUUCAUAUGCAAGUCACACGGUCGGGUUCACCCCGCCAACCUCCCUGACUCGGGCUGGAAUGUCUUACUACAACUCUCCAGGCCUCCACGUCCAGCACAUGGGGGCCUCCCACGGCAUCACAAGGCCGUCCCCACGGAGAAGCAGCAGUCCCGAUAAGUUCAAACGGCCCACGCCGCCUCCGUCUCCCAACACACAGAGCCCAGUCCAGCCGCCUCCGCCGCCGCCCCCGCCCCCCAUGCAGCCCUCGGUCCCCUCGGCAGCCACCUCUUCGCAGCCCGCCCCGUCAUCGCAGCAGCAGCAACAGCAGCAGCAACAACAGCAGCAGCAGCAGCAUUCGGUGCACCCUCCCUCCCAGCCUUAAUGCAUGAGCUUAGUCAGAAUUUCAAGUCGGGACCGGUCUGAUGGAGCCGCCUUCUCAACGCCAAAGGCUUCUUCCCUGGCAUAUUUGGAUCUGAUGUGUUUGCACUGAGGUUGUCUAGCUUCCUUCCUCAUAGUGUUGUGAGUGUCUGUCGGAAACGCAGCCGGUGUUGUGGGUCUGCAACACUAACCAGACGACUUUUUUUUUUCCAUCGGUGUUUUACUUGAAUCUCCGUGUCCGUCAUUCCCUGGCUGGAACAUUGCUAUCUGGUAUUUGGUAAUAAGAAGCAAUGUGCAAGCCCUGCCCCCUCCCCCGGCCCCAGGGCUUCUUUUCUUGGCUUUUAGGUUUGCAAAAUAGGAAGGGAAAUGUUUUUUUUUUG